ACUCUUCAAUCGCCUGAUCCUCUUAAACUGAUGUCAGUCUUCCCUCCUGCUGCUGCUGCUCCCUGCGCAUGACUCCCCCCUCUGGUCGGUUCAGACCGACAUCGGGCACAGACCGGACAGGACUGGACAAGUUUGACAGCUGCAGCGGGGGGGAAAUAACGACGCAACAGCAGGAGAAAUGCGUGCGCAUUUAUAGAUCAACAAAAAAAAAAAAAUCAGAAAUAACGGGAGCUGGAGAGGCUGAGGGAUGUCGCACUGAAUGAGGAGGGGAUUCCUGCGAGGCGAGAGACGAGGCAGGACGAAACUUGAUCGUCAGGAUUCUCCAACAUGGACUUAUGGACUGUUGUUGGAAAACAUCCUCAUAGUCUUUUAGUUUUUCUGCAGUAGUUGGAGAAUUAUCUUUGCUUUAUUGCAUUUAAAAUAAUGUUCCACAGUCGGUUCUGAAUUUGGAGCGUUUCUGGUACACUGGUCCACUCGCAGCCUUUUGCCCCAUGACCAAUUUAUAUCAUCCAUCCUUUGAAGAAAUAGCACGUUCCCGUGUUUGCUCACCGCCCGAAUUAGAAUCUUUGUUUGUCUCUUCAGUGUUUUUUUUUUUUUUUACAUAAGGAUUUCUCCUGUGCAGCAGUAGCUCCAACAGAGAUGGACACGCACAUUGCACCAUGCGUCACUCUCAACCUGACGGGAUUUAAAACACAACAUCUCCUUUUUCUCAGUUAAAACACUUGAACCCUGUUCAACCUCAGCACCUGAGGAGUGAUUACUCUUUUUUCUCUCUCUCCCUUCAUCCUGAACACCUGAAGUUAACUUUCCCUCUCUGGUGAGACCUCUGUAGGAUUCCCAUGAAGCGGCGCACCCUGUGAUUACAUUUUCUGUAGGGAUUUUGCUCUUUUGUGCACCGGGACAUCAUGUGGACCCCGACUGAGGACGAGAAGAUCGGAGUGGUGAUCUGCAACUUCCGCGGCUCGGUGACUCAGGGUCUGGCUCUGGAAGUGGGAGAGACGGUUCAGAUUCUGGAGAAAUGUGAAGGAUGGUACCGAGGAUUCUCAACCAGGAAACCAAAUGUCAAGGGAGUUUUCCCAGCCAGCUACAUCCACCUGAAGAAAGCCGUCGUCACCAACCGAGGGCCUCAUGAGACCGUGGUGCCCCUCGAAGACCCCAUCGUUACCGAGGUGACGUCAACGCUGCAGGAGUGGGCCUUACUGUGGAAGCAGCUCUAUGUGAAACACAAAGUGGAUCUGUUCUACAAGGUCCGCCACGUGAUGAUGGAGCUGAUCGACCUGAGGAGGCAGCUGCUGUCGGGUCACCUGACGCAGGACCAGAGCCGAGACGUCAAGAGGCACAUCACCGUCAGACUGGACUGGGGCAACGAUGAGAAGUUCAUGGUGAGACUGAACAAGAACGGAGGGCCCAAGAAUCCAGAGAAGGUGGACAGGCUGUGCGCCCUCUUCACGGACUUGAGCAACAAAGACAUGAAGAGAGAUCUCUACAUCGUCUCCCAGGUCAUCAGAACAGGCCGCAUGCUGCUGAAUGACAGUAAGAAGGGUCCUCCUCACGUUCAGUACCGCAGACCGUACGGCUGUGCUGUCCUCGCCAUGAGCGACGUGCUGCAGACCAUCUCAGAACUCAAAGAGGAGAAAGACUUCGUCCUCAAAGUCUACACGUGUAACAAUGAGAACGAGUGGUACCAGAUCCACGAGAACAUCAUCCGCAAGUCCAGCACCAAAUACACGGCUCCGAGCACCAACUACGGUCUGAUCAUCUCUCUGCAGCUGCUCAGAGGAGACAUGGAGCAGGUCCGCAGAGAGAACCCUCUCAUCUUCAGCAGAGGGGUGGCCAUCACGCGUAAACUGGGCUUCCCUGAUGUCAUCAUGCCAGGGGACAUCCGUAACGACCUCUACCUGACCCUGGAGCGAGGAGAGUUCGAGAGAGGAGGGAAGAGCGUUCAGAAGAACAUAGAGGUCACCGUCUACGUGCUCUACGCCGACGGAGAGAUCCUCAAGGACUGCAUCAGUCUGGGUUCAGGUGAGCCCGGCGUGCCCGAGCACCGCUCCUUCGUCCUUUAUCACAACAACAGCCCUCGAUGGAGCGAGGUGAUCAAACUGCCCAUCCCCAUCGACCGCUUCCGAGGAUCCCACCUACGCUUCGAGUUCAGACACUGCUCCACGAAGGACAAAGGAGAGAAGAAGCUGUUUGGUUUUGCCUUCACUCCUCUGAUGAGGGAGGACGGGACCACUCUAUCCGACGAGAGUCAUGAACUCUACGUCUACAAGUGCGAUGAAAACACGACGUUCAGUAACCACGCGCUCUACCUGGGGCUGCCCUGCUGUAAAGAAGACUUCAACAGCUGCCCCAGCAUCCCGUCCAGCCUCAUCUUCCAACGCAGCACCAAGGAGACCUUCUGGAUCUGCACUCAGCUCUCCUCCACCAAGCUCACUCAGAACGUGGACCUUCUGGCCCUGCUGAAGUGGAAAGCUCAUCCAGACCGGGUCAUGGACAUCCUCGGCCGGCUGAGACACGUCAGCGGAGAAGAAAUCGUCAAGUUUCUUCAGGACAUUCUGGACACUUUAUUCUCCAUCUUGGAUGACAACACUGAUAAAUACGGACCGCUGGUGUUCCAGUCAUUAGUGUUCAUCAUCAACCUGCUCAGGGACAGUAAAUAUUACCACUUCAGACCCGUGAUGGACACAUACAUCCAGAAGCACUUCGCCGGGGCCUUGGCUUAUAAAGAACUGAUCCGCUGUCUGAAGUGGUACAUGGACCGCUCUGCAGAGGUGGUCAGACAGGACCACAUACAGGAGGCCAUGAGGGCUCUCGAGUAUCUCUUUAAGUUCAUCAUCCAGUCUCGCAUCCUUUACUCCCGGGCCACCUGCGGGAUGGAGGAGGAGCAGUUCAGGACCAGCAUCCAGGAACUCUUUCAGUCCAUUCGCUUCGUCCUCAGCCUGGACAGCCGCAACUCGGAGACCCUCAUCUUCACACAGGGCUCCCAGCCUUGUGCGGGCCCAAAUCAGGCCCCGGGGCCCGCUGUUGGGCCUGCCGCUCCUUUAGCACUAGCCCCCGCCCCGGGCCAAGCCCCGCCCCCCGCCCCAGGACAGACUCCUGGCAGUGUGCAAGCCAACUGCUCUCAGGCGUGGAGCUCCCACGCUCUGCGGCCGCUGUCAGCCGCUCUGUUGAACUCGUUCCCGGCGAUCUUCGACGAGCUGCUGCAGAUGUUUACGGUGCAGGAGGUGGCCGAGUUUGUGCGCGGGACUCUGGGCAGCAUGCCGUCCACGGUGCACAUCGGGCAGUCCAUGGACGUGGUCAAGCUGCAGUCCAUCGCCCGGACGGUCGACAGCCGCCUCUUCUCUUUCCCAGAGUCUCGGAGGAUCCUGCUCCCUGUGGUUCUUCAUCACAUCCACCUUCAUCUCAGGCAGCAGAAAGAGCUGCUCAUCUGCUCCGGGAUACUCAGCUCUAUAUUCUCUAUUAUCAAGACCAGCUCACUGGACACGUCGGUGCAGGAGGAAGUGGAGAUGAUGGUGGAGUCCCUGCUGGACGUCCUCCUGCAGACCCUGCUGUCCAUCAUGAGCAAGAGCCAAUCGCAGGAGGCGGUAAGGGGUCAACGCUGUCCGCAGUGCACCGCGGAGAUCACUGGAGAGUACGUGUCCUGCCUCCUGUCCCUCCUCCGACAGAUGACCGAUAUCCACUUCCAACACCUGAUGGAGAACUUCCAGAGCAAAGAGGAACUCAAGGAGUUCCUGUUGAAGAUUUUGUGUGUGUUCAGGAACCUGAUGAAGCUCAGUAUUUUCCCCCGAGACUGGAACAUCAUGAGGCUGCUCACCAGCAACAUCAUCCUGACCACCGCUCAGUACCUGUCUCCUGCUCUGCAUAAGAACUUCACAGAGGCAGAGUUUGACUUUAAGGUGUGGAACUCCUACUUCAGUCUGGCGGUGCUGUACAUCAACCAGCCCAGUUUACAGCUGGAGAGUCUGAGUGCUGCUAAGAGGAAGAAAGUUUUGGACAAGUACGGUGACAUGAGAGUGAUGAUGACCUACGAGCUCUUCAGUAUGUGGCAGAACCUGGGAGAGAAUAAGAUCCACUUCAUCCCCGGGAUGAUCGGGCCCUUCCUGGGAGUGACGCUGGUUCCUCAGGUGGAGGUUAGAAACAUCAUGAUCCCAAUCUUCCACGACAUGAUGGACUGGGAGCAACGCAAGAACGGGAACUUCAAACAGGUGGAGGCAGAGCUGAUCGACAAGCUGGACAGUUUGGUGUCUGAGGGGAAAGGUGACGAGAACUACAGAGAGCUCUUCAGUCUGCUAACCCAGCUGUUUGGGCCCUACCCCAGUCUGUUGGAGAAGAUCGAGCAGGAGACGUGGAGAGAGACGGGGAUCUCCUUUGUCACCUCGGUUACACGGCUGAUGGAGCGACUGCUGGACUACAGGGACUGCAUGAAGGGAGACGAGACCGAGAACAAGAAGAUCGGCUGCACUGUUAACCUCCUGAAUUUCUACAAGUCAGAGAUCAACAAGGAGGAGAUGUACAUCCGUUACAUCCACAAACUGUGUGACAUGCACCUGCAGGCUGAGAACUUCACAGAGGCUGCGUUCACUCUGCUACUGUACUGGGAGCUGCUGCACUGGGACGAGCGGCCCCUCAAAGACUUCCUGCAUUAUCCCGCUCAGACCGAGUGGCACCGCAAGGAGGGGCUCUGCCGCAAAGUCAUCCACUACUUCAACAAGGGGAAGUGUUGGGAGUUUGGUAUCCCUCUCUGCAGGGAGUUGGCCUUCCAGUAUGAAUCUCUGUACGACUACCAGAGUCUGAGCUGGAUCAGGAAAAUGGAGGCCGCGUAUUAUGACAACAUCAUGGAGCAGCAGCGCCUGGAGCCCGAGUUUUUCCGGGUCGGUUUCUAUGGCAGAAAGUUCCCCUUCUUCCUCAGAAACAAAGAGUUUGUCUGUCGCGGCCAUGACUACGAGAGGCUAGAGGCCUUCCAGCAAAGGAUGCUGGGAGAAUUCCCUCAGGCCAUAGCCAUGCAGCACCCCAAUCAGCCGGAUGAAGCCAUCCUUCAGUGUGACGCACAGUACCUGCAGAUCUACGCCGUCACACCUGUACCGGAGAGCGUCACCGUCCUCCAGAUGGACCGGGUCCCCGAUCGCAUCAAGAGCUUCUACAGGGUCAACAACGUCCGUCGUUUCCGUUACGACCGACCCUUCCACAAAGGACCCAAAGACAGAGACAAUGAGUUCAAGAGUCUCUGGAUCGAGAGGACGACUCUGAUCCUCACUCACCCUCUGCCUGGUAUUUCACGCUGGUUUGAGGUGGAGAAGAGAGAACUGCUGGAGGUGAGUCCGUUAGAGAACGCCAUCUCUGUGGUGGAGAAUAAGAACCAGGAGCUGCGGACUCUGAUCAGUCAGUACCAACACAAGCAGCUGCACGGAAACAUCAACCUGCUCAGCAUGACGCUCAACGGAGUCAUCGACGCCGCCGUCAACGGAGGCAUCGCCAGAUACCAAGAGGCUUUCUUUGAUAAGGAGUACAUCACCACCCAUCCUGAAGACACAGAGAAGAUCACACAGCUCAAAGACCUGAUGCAGGAGCAGGUUCACGUCCUGGGAGUCGGCCUGGCCGUGCACGAGAAGCUGGUGCACCCUGAAAUGCGUCCCCUGCACAAGAAGCUGAUCGAUCAGUUCCAGAUGAUGAGGAGCAGCCUGUGCCAUGGUCUGCCUGGUCUGGACAAAGCCGGGUCAGGAGCAAACACACCCAGAGGGAUCCUGGCCUCCCACAGCCCCAUGAGCCCCGAGAGCUUCAAACUGCUGCACCGCCACAGUCCCAUUGCUGUUUUGACUCCGGUACGCAACUCCUCCUCCUCUCUCUCCUCUCAUAACUCCAGUGAGACAGGAAACGUAGGAAGUCUUCUGAUCCUGGCUGAUGGCAUGGUGGUGGAGAACCCCGAGGACUUCUACCGCAUGCAGGCGAGCCCCUCCUCCUCCAGCCUUAGCUCCACCCACUCUGCUCCCUCUCAGAUGAUAAACUCCGCCCCCUCCACCAUCCGAGUCGGCUCUCCGUCUCUGCCGGAUAAAUACAGACACAACCGAGAGAUGCUGAUGCUGCUGCCGCCUCACAGAGACAGACCGAGCAGUGCCAUGUACUCCAACCUCACCGAGAACGGACAGCCAACAAACCUGCAGAGAGCGCUGUUCCAUCAGGUGAUCGGUCCGUGUAAACCCUGCAGUGACCCCAACCUGUCUGUGGCUGAGAAAGUCCUCACCACUCCCAGUAGUUGGAGUUUGGACAGCGGUACCAGAGAAGCCCUCCCCUUCCUCUCUGCCCAUGUUGGCAGUGUCAUGGCGCCUCCUGUCCCCCCACGCAACCUGCCUCAUGGGCAACACCUGUCGAUGCACUUUGAUGCUUUCCACCACCAGGUCAGCGACCUCCCUCCAGCUCUCCCUGCGCGCUCCUUAAGAAAGUCCCCCCUGCACCCUAUACCUGCCUCGCCCACCAGUCCUCAGUCCAUCCUGGAUGGCAGUAACUCCACCCUGUCGGGCAGCGCCAGCUCUGGAGUCUCCUCCCUCAGCGAGAGCAACUUCGGCGGCCCCGCCUCCUCCUCCGACCCCCCUGCCAGUCGCACAGACACCCUGGAGUCCGUCCCCAGCAGCCAGGCCUGGACCACCGACCAGGAGGACCUGGACUCGCCUUACCAGCCCGUCAGGUACAGCGUCUCCGAGCCUGAAGUCCUGGACGGAGUCAAACCUCCGCCCUGCCGCAGCCACUCCGCCCCGGGAGGAGUCACCCCGGCUCAGGCAGGCGGUCAAAUCCAGCCCCAGGCUCCGAGUCCGGCCUCCAGCGGAGCUCCACAACAACAGCAGGACGGGCCGCAGCACCCCCAACACCACCACUUCUACCACCACCACUUCCACCCUCACUACCUCCCCCACCACCCGCCUCUCUACCACCUCCACGAGCCCCCCCCGGCCCUGCCCCCCAAACCCUACCUCAGAGAGGGCUGCAUCCCUGAAGAAGACCUCCUCAACACCCAGUCCGCCACGCCUCCUCCUGCUCCCCGACCAAUGCCGCGCAAGAUCUCGCAGCCCAUCAUCGCUGCGACCAAGGAGGAGCAGGCGAAGGUGGCGUGGGAGCACGGCAUCAGUGAGGAGUGAGACGUCUGCCGGGGAUUUAAGAAACUCUGAGAAGUGAAAUAAACCGUAAGAAACUUUUUUUCAGACGAGAGAAAGAUGUGAACACCAGAAAAAAACUGAUAAAAUGAGAGUAGGAUCCUCUCAGGUGUUCAGGUCCGAUGAGGGUAAAAGUGAGAAAUCAUCUUUUUUUUCUUUCCGCCCGUCUUCAGCACAUCAGCUCUGUCGUCUUCAUCGUUAAAACACGAUCUUCCUCAUGUCACUGCGUCCUGUAACGAGCUCGUCCAGCUCUGUUUGUUAAAUCAAAGAAUCAUUAAUCACUGAAUCCCUCAUGAUAUAAUAUCCACCAUUACAUAUCCCUCAUUGUGUCACACCUCAUGCACAGCUCUCCAUCGAUGAUUCGACGUCUUAGUUAUUUUCUUUCAUCACAUCGAUCAAACAUUCAGUUUAAAAAGAAAUCAUGAAUCAUUUAUUCCUCAAGCUGCACUUUAACAACGUAACAAAGCACCAAAACAAAAAAGAAGCAUAACAAAUAAAACGUUCACAUAUUUUUUUAAACGAUGCAGAACUUUCACAGAGCGGAGGUUUUUAGAUGUUUUUGCUGAGGUUGCACAUUAUUUACACAACGAUAAAGACGUUAGAGCGAAGACUUAAGUCAGUUUUAAUCUCGCACAGCGACCAAUGGACGGACGCAAAGAAGCUCUACACCCCCCAUCAUGUUAUUCCACUGAUAACAAGAACAGAAAGAGACAGACAGAGAGUAUUUACAUUUACAAACAAGAAAUGAAAAAUGUGUUUAAAAUAUAUAAAUAUGUUCUAUUUAAUCCUGAAGGAGAACCCGAUGUAGAAAUAUGCAAGAGGAAGACUUCCUGAUCUGCUUGUAGCUGCUCGCUGCAGGCCGACCGGCAACACGAUGAAAAGUAGCGUAGGUGUUCUGGGUCAUGUGAUCCACCGUGAAGGGACAGGUCACAUGACCGUCACAUCAUGGAUUCAGUAAACACGAUGUGAGUCACGGUUGUCAUUUGAAAGACGUUAUUACGUAUUUAAAAAAAAAAAAGAUAGUCACUUUUUUUUGCAUCCAUCCAGUCGAGGAUGCAGAAAUUUGAAUUGAGGGUGCAGUGCAUCGUUUUGCACCUCGUAGAAGCGGGCCUGGCUUCAUGACUCACACUCAAACGCUCGCAGGUUUUUGACGCCGCAGCUCCCGAGAAGUGUCACAUCCAGGAGGGGAAACAGAUAGACCACCUUUAUAGAGAAUAUAAACUACGAUAUAUAUAUAUAUACACUUUUUGCCAUUUUUUAUGAAAGUAAUGAACUGUACAUUUUUUAAUGAGGAAGCCGUUUUGUAUGCAUGUUCAGUGGUUAAAAGAGACUUAAAGUAAAUCCACAGAAACUAGUUAAAGCACUGGAGACGUGUUUGAAGUUCUCACUGGACUCUGACAGGAAGAUAAACGUUCUCUCUGACGUCCUGAUGUCAAAGAACUCUGAAGGGUUCAUUUAGUCUGCUUUGAAAAUGUAACACUUUUUUAUUAACCAGCUGCUU